AUGGCCACGGCCCUCCGAGAGCCGCCCGCCCCGCCGCGCGGCGCCCCGGCGCGGGCGGCCGCCUCGGCGCCGGGCGCCCGCCGCCGCGGGCGGCCGCUGGCCGCCGCCUCCCCGGCCGGCCCGCUGCUCCUGGCGGCGGCCGCCGCCGCGCUGGCGCUCUGGGCGCGGUGGCCGCCCUGGGCGCCGGCGGCGGCCCUCGGCGGGCCGCCUUGGGCGCCGGCGGCCGCGUGGCCGCCGCUCGGCGGCGGGGGGCCGCGGGCCGCGCCGGGGGGCGGCCCUCCGCGCCAGCCCGCCGGCGCGGUGGGGCUGCCCGCCGCCGUGGUGCGGCCGCCGGCGGACGGGCCGGGGCUGCUGGCGGCGAGGCGGAGGCUCCAGCAGACAGGCAGGAAGGCCGAGCUCGUUGCGCGCCUGCGCGGGGCUGCUGCUCAGGAGGGCGACGGCUUGGACACCUUGAGGGUUGACGAGCUGAAGGUGAGGCUAAAGAGGCUGGGGCUCCGGCAGACAGGCAGGAAGGCCGAGCUCGUCGCGCGCUUGCGCGGGGCUGCUGCUGCUGCUGUUGAGGAGGUGGAUGAGGUGAAGGAGGAGGAGGAGGAGGUGGAGGAGGAGGAAGGCGACGGCUUGGACACCUUGAGGGUUGACGAGCUGAAGGUGAGGCUAAAGAGGCUGGGGCUCCAGCAGGCUGGCAUGAAGGCCGAGCUCGUCGCGCGCCUGCGCGGGGCGCUUGCCGCGGCGGCCGAGCAGGAGAAGGACGAGGGCGAGGGCGCGAAGGAGCAGUUGAAUGAGGAGGAGAAGGAGGAGGAGGAGGAGGUGCCGCGUACUGGCGGCGGCUCCGGCUGGCUGAAGAAGGGGGCGGACGUGGACGUCAAGCACAACGGGCGGUGGUACACCAGCAGGGUCCUGGACAUCGAGAAGGGGUGGCGAGCACGUGACGGUGCUCUACUAUGA